GGAGGAAGUACAGAACUGCAAAGUUUGAGAACGCAUAAAUGUCCGACACACACACAGACAGCACAAUCCGGAUAGAUGUCUAAAUUGGGGAUUAGGAGGUUUUGUGUAUGAUACCAAAUAGCUGAUCUUUUGACGUGAUAAGUGAUUUGUAAUUUAAUGGAGCUGCCAGAGGAAAUCCUUGCAUAUAUUUUUUCUUUUCUGCCUUUGCAUGACAAAUGCAGUGCAUUUAGUGUUUGUAAGGCAUGGUCUAAUACAAUGACCCAUCCAAGCUCAUGGAAACACACGGAAGUCAGGUGUGAGUCAGGGACCAGUUUGCCUGAAAGAUUUUCUGAUCUUCUUCCACUGGUCAGAAAUUUGAAGCUAAGUAUGAGUCUGACAGAUCCAGACAAGCGUAAAACAGGGCUUUGGGUGCUGAGGCAGGCCGUUGCCAUGGGUGAUGGACAGCUGGAGUCGCUCUCCAUCUGUUGUGUUGGGAGUCCACCCCUAUUUUACGCUGGUCAGGACCUGCAGCAAGGCAUAGUUGAUAUACUCACAAAUGGGUCAUCGCUUACUGUGCUUGACCUUAGGGGUUUACCUUUCACCCUCAACGACUCCUUCGUCAGGAGCGUAUCCGUGCUUUGUCCCGCUCUGCGAAAUCUUUACAUCAACAACCAUUCUUUGGUGUGUGGGGUGGUUGCAGAAACACUAAGGCAAGCGCUUAAGUCCUGCCCAUCGCUCAACGUUCUCGGGGUUUUUCAGGCCAGUCUCUCUCAAGACGUUUUGAAAGAUCUCAUGUUGCCAGAACGGCCAGCGCUUAAGAAACUGGAGCUUCGUUGUGAACGCUCACUCAAGUACACUACACCUCUCAGUGACCAAAUAUGGUUGGAGUUAAAACGGCGACACCCACAUCUGUGGGUGGAGCUUGAACUAGACCACACCCUCCCUGAACUGCACGUUCCAGCGGUACUGCAGCCCAGCAUCCCAGUCCGAUGCCUACGCCUGCUCACUUGGACAUUGCUGUUGGAGGAGAUUCGUCUAGUAGAGAAGAGUUACGCCAACACACUUGAGAUUUUAGAGUUGCAGACACCUCCAUCUCCUCAAUUAAACGCUGCCCUGAUAUCCUUAGCACAUCAGUGUGUCAGGCUUCGGGAGGUUCACUGCUUUUGCUUGGUCUCACAAGAAGUGAUAACGGCAUUCAUUACGCACUGUCCGAACCUCAGCAAAUAUACACUUAAAAUAUAUAAAGAGCCUCAUCCAUGGACCUACACAAAACUAAAGUAAUAAACAGAUCUGCUUCAGCUGAAGCAUUCUUUGCACAAGCUUGAAUAAUGAAAUUCAUACAUUUCAUCAGUAGGUGUAAUCCAUGGGGAUCAAGACCUUUUCACUGUUAACGCAAAUGCAACUGAGUUACAGAAAGACUCAAAACAGCUACAGGGACAGAUGUAAAUAGUAAAAUAAUAAGAAAUCUAAGAAAUAUUUAAGAUUAUGCAUUUCUGCUGUGGAGGAUGCACAAAAUUAUUUUGAAAUUAAGAUGAAAUCACAUGGAUUAUCAGGGUUUGCACAAUCAAGAGUCUAGGCUAGCUUGAUAUCAUGCUGUAAACAAAAACAGGAUGUAUUAUUAUGUAACGGUUUUAUGGUGAUAAUUUAUGCUGAUUGAUAUGCUGAUAAUAAUUUGUAUGAAAAUGUGUUAAAUUAAAGUAUCAUCAUUA